GGUUGUAACCGUCAGGGCAAGAGAAGAAGCCCAGGAGUUCAAAGCCGCGCUCGGGACCCUGCGCCUCCCUCCGUCCCCUCAGCAACCGUCGCUUCCCUGCGGCUGCCGGGCUGCCUGCCUUCCCUUCUGCCCCCCUCAGGCCCGGUCCUGUCAGGCCGAGGGAAAGGAUGCCCGGUAGUGUCUUGUCCCAGGCCAGCCCCGGCGCUGAGUGAGACAAGGCCGGGCCGGGCGGCGGGCGACCGACUAAGGGAUGUCGCCGCCGCCCCCCGCCGCUGGGUCCUGCCGCCGCUGCCGCCGCCUCCCCCGGCGGCUCCCGCUGCUUCUGUCCUCCUCCGGUUCCGGGUGCUGCCCGCGGCCGCCGCUCCGGGCCCGGGAACGACGUCGGGCUCAGCCCCAGCAGUAACUCCCGUCGCUUCCCCUCACAGGGGACGGGACGGGGCAAGCAGGAUGCAGGCGCCGCCGCUGCAGUACGAGUUCUUCAGCGAAGAGAACGCGCCCAAGUGGCGGGGGCUGCUCGUGCCCGCCCUGAAAAAGGUUCAGAUGCAGGUCCACCCUAAACUGUCAUCUACUGAAGAUGCUUUACAUUAUGUUGAGGAGUUAAUUCUGCAGUUGCUAAACAUGCUGUGUCAAGCUCAGCCAAGGAGCUUCGUGGAUGUAGAGGAUCGUGUACAAAAAAGUUUUCCUCAUCCUAUUGAUAAGUGGGCAAUAGCUGAUGCACAGUCUGCAAUUGAAAAGAGGAAGCGAAGAAAUCCACUAUUCCUUCCAGUAGAAAAAAUUCACCCUUUGUUAAAAGAAGUUCUGGGUUAUAAAGUUGACCACCAAGUAUCUGUUUACAUAGUAGCAGUAUUAGAAUACAUAUCUGCAGAUAUCUUAAAGUUGGUUGGGAACUAUGUACGAAAUAUAAGACAUGAGGAGAUAACGAAACAAGACAUCAAAGUGGCAAUGUGUGCUGAUAAGGUGUUGAUGGAUAUGUUCCAUCAAGAUGUAGAGGAUAUUAAUACACUGACUUUAUCUGAUGAAGAACCAUCCACAUCAGGAGAACAAACCUACUAUGAUCUUGUAAAGUCAUUCAUGGCAGAAGUUCGACAGUAUAUAAGGGAACUAAAUCUCAUAAUAAAAGUUUUUAGAGAACCUUUUAUUAGCAACUCCAAGCUGUUUUCAGGUCAUGAUGUAGAAAAUAUAUUCAGUCGGAUAUCAGAUAUUCAUGAACUUAGCGUGAAGUUAUUGGGCCAUAUUGAAGACACAGUUGAAAUGACAGAUGAAGGCAGUCCCCAUCCUUUAGUAGGAAGCUGUUUUGAAGAUUUAGCUGAGGAGCUAGCAUUUGAUCCUUAUGAAUCAUACACCCAAGAUAUUUUACGAACUGGUUUCCAUGACCAUUUUCUAAGCCAGUUAUCGAAGCCUGGGGCAGCAUUUUACUUGCAGUCAAUAGGAGAUGGUUUUAAAGAUGCUGUUCAGUAUGUUUUACCCAGGCUACUCCUUGUUCCUGUUUACCAUUGCCUUCACUAUUUUGAACUUUUAAAGCAAUUAGAAGAGAAAAGUGAAGAUGAAGAGGACAAGGAAUGUUUGAAGCAAGCAAUUACAGCCCUGCUUAAUCUUCAGAGUAGUAUGGAAAGGAUAUGCUCUAAAAGUCUUGCAAAGAGAAGGCUUAGUGAAUCUGCAUGCCGAUUCUAUAGUCAACAAAUGAAGGGGAAGCAGCUAGCAAUCAAGAAAAUGAACGAAAUCCAGAAGAACAUUGACGGUUGGGAGGGUAAAGACAUUGGACAGUGUUGCAAUGAAUUUAUAAUGGAGGGGACUCUCACACGUGUGGGUGCCAAGCAUGAAAGACAUAUAUUUCUCUUUGAUGGCUUAAUGAUUUGUUGUAAGUCAAAUCAUGGCCAACCAAGACUGCCUGGUGCUAGCAACGCAGAGUAUCGUCUGAAAGAAAAGUUUCUAAUGCGAAAGGUACAGAUCAACGAUAAAGAUGACACUAAUGAAUACAAGCAUGCCUUUGAAAUAAUUUUAAAAGAUGAGAAUAGUGUUAUUUUUGCGGCAAAAUCGGCUGAAGAGAAAAACAACUGGAUGGCAGCCCUGAUCUCUUUACAGUACAGGAGCACCUUGGAGCGCAUGUUAGAUGUAACAAUGUUACAAGAAGAAAAGGAGGAGCAGAUGAGACUUCCAAGCCCUGAGCUUUAUAGGUUUGCAGAACCUGAGUCUGAAGAGAAUAUUGUUUUUGAAGAGAACAUGCAGCCCAAGUCUGGAAUCCCUAUUAUCAAGGCAGGAACUGUUGUCAAACUGAUUGAGAGACUUACAUACCACAUGUAUGCUGAUCCCAACUUUGUUCGAACAUUUCUUACAACGUAUAGAUCUUUCUGUAAGCCUCAGGAAUUAUUAGAUCUCCUGAUAGAAAGAUUUGAAAUUCCAGAACCUGAACCAACAGAAGCAGACCGUAUAGCUAUGGAAAAUGGAGAUCAGCCUCUUAGUGCAGAGUUAAAAAGAUUUAGAAAGGAAUACAUUCAACCUGUUCAGCUGCGAGUAUUAAAUGUAUGCCGACACUGGGUGGAGCAUCACUUUUAUGAUUUUGAAAGAGAUGUAGAUCUUUUGCAACAAUUGGAAGAAUUCAUUGGCACAGUCAGAGGUAAAGCUAUGAAGAAAUGGGUGGAGUCAAUCACAAAGAUAAUCCAUAGGAAAAAGCAAGCACAAGCUAUUGGGCCAAGUCACAACAUUACUUUUGAAAGCUCACCUCCUCCAAUUGAGUGGCAUAUAAGCAGGCCAGGAAACACUGAUCUCUUUGACUUGCUCACUUUACAUCCCAUAGAAAUUGCUCGUCAGCUGACUCUACUUGAAUCUGAACUUUACAGAGCUGUGCAGCCAUCAGAGCUAGUUGGAAGUGUAUGGACAAAAGAAGAUAAAGAAAUCAAUUCUCCUAACCUGCUCAAGAUGAUCCGACAUACCACUAAUCUUACCUUGUGGUUUGAAAAAUGCAUCGUAGAAACAGAAAACCUAGAGGAAAGAGUAAUUGUUGUGUGCCGGAUAAUUGAAAUCUUGCAAGUUUUUCAAGAACUAAAUAAUUUUAAUGGUGUUCUUGAGGUUGUCAGUGCUAUGAACUCUGCACCUAUUUACCGACUGGAUCAUACCUUUGAACAAAUCCCAAGCCGUCAGAAAAAGAUUUUUGAAGAAGCUCAUGAAUUGAGUGAAGAUCACCAUAAGAAAUACUUGGCAAAACUCAGGUCUAUUAAUCCUCCAUGUGUGCCUUUCUUUGGAAUUUAUUUAACAAACAUCUUGAAAACAGAAGAAGGCAAUCCUGAAUUUCUAAAACGCCAUGGAAAAGAGCUUAUUAAUUUUAGCAAACGGAGGAAGGUGGCAGAGAUAACAGGGGAGAUCCAGCAGUACCAAAACCAGCCAUACUGCCUAAGAGUAGAACCUGACAUCAGGAAAUUUUUUGAAAAUCUGAAUCCGAUGGGAAAUAGUAUGGAAAAAGAAUUUGCUGAUUCCCUUUACAACAAGUCCCUAGAAAUAGAACCACGUAACGUCAAACCACCUCCAAGAUUUCCCAAAAAGUACAACUAUUCUCUCAAAUCUCCGGGUAUUCGUCCAUCAAACCCAAGACCAGGCACCAUGAGGCAUCCUACACCUCUGCAACAGGAGCCAAGAAAAAUCAGUUACAGUCGUGUCCCUGAGAGUGAAACAGAGAGUGCAGCUUCUGCACCCAACUCUCCAAGAACACCUCUCACCCCACCGCCUCCAUCCUCCACUUCCAGCACUACAGAUGUUUGCAGUGUGUUUGAUUCUGAUCCCUCGACCCCUUUUCAUUCAAGGUCUGCUUCUGUGUCCUCCAUAAGUUUUACAAAAAACUCUGAUGAAAUUACCGUUCCCCCUCCUAUUCCUCCCCGAAGACGUCCAGAAUCUGCUCCUGCAGAAUCUUCUCCAUCAAAGAUUUCUUCUACACAUCUGGAUAGUCCACCAGCAAUCCCUCCUCGACAGCCAACAGCAAAAAUUUAUUCACCGAAGUACUCGGUACCAGACAGGACCUCCAUCUCGGACCCCCCCGAAAGUCCACCUGUAUUGCCACCACGGGAACCUGUGCGGACUCCUGAUGUUUUCUCUAGUUCACCUCUACAUCUCCAGCCACCACCUUUAGGCAGAAAAAGUGAACUUGGCAACACUUUCUUUCCCAACAGUCCUUCUCCAUUUACUCCGCCUCCCCCUCAAACACCUUCUCCUCACGUAGCCCGGAGGCAUUUGCCAUCACCUCCUUUGAUACCCCAAGAUACGGACCUCCAUUCUGUUGCUGGGCCACCUGUUCCUCCACGGCAAAGCACUUCCCAACAUAUCCCAAAGCUUCCUCCAAAAACUUACAAAAGGGAGACCGCGCAUCCGUCAAUGCAUGGACCGCCUUUGCUGGAGAACUCCCACUCCACCUGAAUUCUCCCUUGUGCUAGAGAGAGUGCUUUCCUUGGUGCCAUGUCUGUUGCUGGCAAUAGAUGCACUGUACCUUUUGGUGCCAAGGAGCUGAGCUGUGUUGCUCUUAACACUAAAGACUACAAUACAUUUGGUAUAUGGUGUAGAAAAUAAUGAAUCUUAAUGACAGGCCCCCUAGUCGUGGGGGGGGGGGAAACUUGCUGUUUGUUAGUAUAGUAUGCAGGGCACUGUUCUAAAGUCACUGGACAUCUGAAUGUACCAGAAAUCAGACUUGCAGAUCUCUUUGGGCCAAUAAGCAGACACCGUGCUUUGUGUAGUGUCCAGUGAAGGAUAAGAAACAUAGUCCUGUAAUCAUCUGUCCACCACAGCAUAAGUUCUUAAGAGUGAAAAUAUUAUGCACUUUUUAAAAAAAAAAAAUCUCAAACAGGGAACUUUCUUUUUAAUUUCUUUUGUUUUAUUCCCUGCUUUCCAAUCAUGAACUGGACUAUGAGGAAGUUCUGUGGUACUGAACCAACAUAGAGCUAAGGUAUAGCACUGUACUGCAGUCCUGUUUACAAACUGUUACAGUUACUAGUACAUAUAUAUGGGUACCUAGGCUUCACCAAAGAGGUACUUUCCUUCUUUUUGAAUAUUAUGGUGCCAGUUCAAUAAGAAAUUUUGCCAGGAAGCAGAAUGCCUAACUUUUGCCUUCUUUAAAUAAAUGAGAUUUAAGUCUUACAUGAAUGACACCAAUGACACAAACUGCAAAACAGCGCUAUUGUUAGAGUUAAAUCUGUUCCUACAUUUAGAAGACUGUUAAAAUCUAGUCUAGUUUAGGUCUUCUUCACUUUAAGGUUUACGGAUAACCCACUUUAUGGCUGGUAAUGCAACAUCUUUGAUUAUGCCAUGGAAAUGCAAAGGAUGAUCCGCUGGCCAUAUCCCCUCAUUAUCAUCAUGUUUUAACUAGCAGUUGGUAGAUGAAUAAUCAGCACCCAUAGAAUUGCCUUGUAGUUGCAUAAAUAAAUCAUAUGUAUAUAGUGAAUGUUGCAUAAAUAUACUUGCAAAUUGUUUUUAAUUUAAUUGAAAUAAAGAUACAGAUAUUUUGUCUGGCUGACAUAUAUUAAAUUAUUGCAUUGCUAAAUGUGCAUUUCAGUUUAAAGCACUGAGAAGGAGACAUGUCCUGUGGUACUCACAUCUCUCUUUCUAGCUCAUUGUUUUAGUCAAUAAAGAAUAAACGGGGGGGGGGGGGAGGGAAACAAGGUUUGGCAUGUGAAAUAACUUUGAGUUAGGGGCAACUCAAAGUUAAUAUCUUUGUGUCUAAAAUUGAAUGGAUCUCAUGCAUAUCAUGCAGUACAGAAUUCCAAACUCUGAUUAACCUCCUAAACUUUGAAGUUGAUCUUUACUAUGUCAGAAAUGUUUGAAAGAGACUAAGCUACGUGAAUAUCCUACCUUGGAUUAUCCACAGACCUGUGAACUGCGCUUCUGAUUCCAGUACUGUGAUGGUAAUGCAUGCCACUUAUUGAAGAUAUUUUAAUCAUCUCUGCUACACUAGGAUUUGUAAAUGGUGCAGUAUUGUAUUCUUAGUUACUAAGACUCUCCUAGGAUGUUUUCUCUUCAACAAAAACAAAAUACAUUUCAGCAAUCUAGAAAGCCAUGUCACUGGAACAGUGUUGGUAGAAGACUAUCACCAUGGACGCCUACUGUUCUAAGACAUUUCUACACCACUAUGCAGUGUGGUCUUUGCAUUUCAGGAAAUGUUCAUUUAAUCUGCAUUAAAUGGAUCCUUUUUAACUUUACAUGUCAGUAUGUAGAAUCAAAAGAAGGGCAUUCUGGAAAAAAUGUGUGUAUAAUGCUAGACUGUAACGGGUGUUAAGCUGAGAUCCAGUUGAGGGUAAGGGAUACACUAGAAACAGCUGAAAGUUUUAAAGAGAAGUUGGGGAACUGGUUCCUAUUAAGAUUCCUUUUUCUUCUUAGUUUGUAACACUAAAGGUAAUGGAAAGAGUCAUGUCUAUAAGAGGUCCAUAAUAUUGCAGAUGAUAUCGUUCCCAACUUAGCCGACCAGAGGGAAACUCUUAAAUGUGUCAUUUAUCCAAGCUCUGCUUAGGUAGAGAAAAGGGUGAUCUCUAAUCAAGCUACUUUUAAUUUAGAAGACAGUAGUAAGGAAAAGACUUUACACAGUUCUAUCUUACCCUUGUCUUUCGAAAAAACGGUUAAACAAUAAAAGUUUAGUAUAAUAGCCCUCAUGGUUGCUAAGACUAAUUUGUUUGAUACAACAAAAAUGCCAAAUUAUUAAAUUAAUUAGCUUAAGGAGCUGAAAUACUCUGUUUAAAAUAGUGUUUGCCAGCUGCAGGGUCUUUUACAAUGGUUGAGGUACAAUAUUUAGAAUCCUGAACAAAGGUCAGCAGCUCAGUGUAAAUGUUAAUCUUUUGAAUAUGCUAGAUUCCCACAAACUCACUGAAGUGAAGGUUGUGUGAACGAAAAAGGCGAGGGUGGUACCUCAAGUCUCAUUUAAUGCAGUCAACUUUUUGUUGUGUAAGUGCUCCAAAUGUAGCAUGGAAAACGUUGCUCUGUUAAAGUAGAAUUAGUUUCUGCUCACCCCAAAUAUCCAUUAUCUAUACAGAACUCUUGCUAUAUAUCAAAAUCUUGUCAUGCAAUUUGACGUUCUACAAAAAGUGCUGAAUUUUUUCAAAAGUGAAGUAUGCUGUUUCUUUCAAAAUCAUCCCAAGUAGAUGGUGGAGUACUCGCCAUAAACAGCGUUGUGACUUUCAAAAUUCUUGGUCAAGUCAUAAAAAUUAUCCAAAGGAAGGUAGUAUUGGAUCAAAUUUCUGAGUUACACAGAACUCCACCAGACUAUAAGACAUAUAAAAGACACUAUUUUUUUCACGGGACUAUAUUUUUUAGUACAGGAACAUAUGGUCCGUUAAAGUUAUGUAACUGAAUAGCAGACAGAAUAGAAAAGUAUUGAAGUAUUGACUACAUGGAGCCAAGUGGUUGAGAUGGGGGGUUUCCCCCCAUGAUGGGGGAGAAAAACUUGUUCCUCUAAUAAAUUUGCUAUUGGAAGGGGAGAAUAAAUUUUCCAUUCCCUGGAACUACUAUGCCAACAGCAGUAUAUUUUAAUGAAUAAAGGAGGAGGAAAAUCUUACAAGUCUGUAAGUAGACAGCUGAUGGCCAUAUUUCAACCGUACCAUACUGCAAAAGUACUUUUUGAAUUAUUAUAGCAUGUGUUGUUUUUACUUGCUUUCAUGAACCCAUGCUAUCUUACAUCAGGCUAUUCUUGCUGAAAUGUAGCUCAUGCAGUUAAGUGUUAGGUUUUUUAAUUUUUUGUAUGCAAUAGAUUUUCAGAAUUGGCUGGCUGUGUUUAUACUUAAACAUUGGCCAAGAUCAAAAGGGAUAUGCACAGUCUUCUGCAUGAACAUACAGGGGCUUUUCUAACCCCCACUAUCACUGGGGCCCAGCUCAUCCCCAGAAAAGCCUCUCUGCAAGGGAAAACAGAAUUGGCACCCAUGGAAAUGUUCUACUAAGGCAAGGGGCUUUUGAGAUUCCGUUAUCAAUUCUCUAAAAGUAUAUGAGACUUUUAUUUUUGCCCUUCUCAGGACAGUAUCCAACAAAGUUUUCCAGGGAAAACCGUUGUGCAAACUAAUGUUGGUGUUGCUCCAGAGGUCCCUUUCCCUAGUGCAAUGUAAUUUGCAUUAACAGAUACUGCCUGAAGCUCCAAAUAUGACUCUUGGUAUGAUUGUGGCAGGGGGCUGUUAGAGACUAGCAACAUCUGUUGGAGAGCAACAUUCUGUACAGAUGAAGUGAAGCCAUUUGGGCGUAGCUUCGGAAAUCAACGGAGAUCCUAAAUUGGUUUCUGUUUAAAUGUGACAGUUUGUUGUCUGAAAGCGUGCCUGUCAGUAUGUCUUGCCUGCUUGCUGUUCCAUGUAAAAAAAAAGAAUGCACAAAAUAAAUCCUUGCUGUCACUCCUUUAUUUUUAGUUAGGGAAAGUGAGGACCUUGCUGUAAAACAUGUUCUUAAUUAACAAGGGGGAAAGAUCGAUAAGGUGGCAAGAGUUAACUCGCAUACAGCAGCUAUAAAUCGUGUUCUUAAAUUAAUUGAUGAUCACUUCCAUAUUUCUUUAUGGGUAAAUGGUUUUUCUCAACUGAAGAAAAGUAACUGUAGGCCUAUUGCUGAUGACAGGUGUAAAGCCAAAAGCACUUGGUGGUUUUUGAGGGUUAAUUCCACGCCUUAUUUACUGUUUGUUUUUUUAAAACAAACAAACCUUGAAGUGCAUUUUUUCUGUCAACUGUGAGCAAAUUCCCCUUUUGCCUUUAAAGACAAAAUAGUGCAUUAAGCAAUCAGUUGCUGCAAAAUUGUAAAUUGAGUGACCUUCAUAAAACAGUCAUGUACCCAGGUGAAAGAGAAAAAUAAAUCUUGUGCCAGAUGUAUGCAACUUUCAGUAGCUGCCAAAUGUGCCUUUUUCAAAAGUGUUUUUUUCUUCAUGAAACACCAUCGGUUCUCUUGGGUGGGGUCUUAUUUCAGGUAACAUUUCUUAUUUGGCCAAUUUAGAAACCAAGCUUUCUGGUUCUCUAUGUACAGGUUUAUGUUUUGAUGAAUUCUGAUAAUUCGUAUAUUGAAGAUGUAUUGUCUUUUGUUUAAUGGCGUGGAUACUUUGCUAAAUGGUUAAGAAGCUAUGGCAGUCCAAUCCAGCUGUGUAAGGUUGAAAUGGUGAUAUCUAAACUGGCAAAUCUUAUGGGCCUGUGUGUACCUAAUCAUGUAUGUAGGUGAGCUUUUGUAUGCUAUGUCUGCAAUGGUAUUCAGAUUGCAUUUAAACUGAAAAUUAAUAGUGGCUGUUAUUUUUUUGGCAUUCAAGAGAUCUGUUCUUAAAAAAUAAAUAAAAAUGCCUUACA